GUAAAAGAAAGAGGCUGGAUGGGAGUUUGGUUCCCUCGGUGAGUCGGUCGGUUAGUGAGGGGAGAUAAACUGUGUGGAACUGAGUAAGUUCUGAGUGCUCUGGGUGUGGAGAGGGACUUCUGGAAGCUGUUGGAGAACUGUUAUGUUAAUACGGUAGUAUGGCUGAGUCGGGCAGUCCGAGUCUUUUACACGCUGGUCGGAUCGGUUCCAGUCGCCAUGAGAAGAGUUUGGGACUGCUCGCCAUCAAAUUCGUCUCUCUGCUCCAGGAGAGUCAGGACGGCAUCCUAGAUCUGAAAGUGGCUGCAGAGAGUCUGGCGGUCAGGCAGAAGAGAAGAAUCUACGACAUUACUAAUGUUCUAGAAGGAAUUGGGCUCAUCGAGAAAAAGACUAAAAACACCAUUCAAUGGAAAGGAGAGAGUUCUGGGUGCCAGCCUCAGGAGAUCCUGGAGCGAGUGGAACUGCUAAGAGCUCAGAUAGCAGAACUGGAAAGGCAGGAACGGGAACUUGACAUGCAGAAAGCGUGUCUGCAGCAGAGCAUCAAACACCUACAAGAAAAUCCCGGCAACCGCAGAUAUAACUAUGUAAUGCAUGAGGAUAUAUGUGACGUGUUUAGUGGAGACACCCUGCUGGCAGUAAUGGCCCCUGCAGGGACACAGCUAGAAGUUCCUGUGCCUGAGGUGUCUCAGAACGGACAGAAGAGAUACCAGGUGAACCUGCGCAGCAGUUCGGCUCCCAUCCAGGUUCUGCUGAUCAACAGGGAGACGAGCGACUCCAGACCCGUGGUGUUCUCCGUGCCGCCUGUGGACGAUGUGUGCGCCAUGCCCACUCCACCCAGCACGCCUGCAAGCCUGCAGAAAUUUUCUACACCAGAGCCCUGUGGUUUGGAGCUCAGCCGGUUUAAGAGCCCAGUGUCUGACCACCAGCUCACGCCCUCCUCUACUCCACCUGAUGUUCAUAUGGAGUGCCACCCUGAAUCUCCUGGCAGCCAGUGCUUGUUGAUGCCGGAGACCCUUGUUGGCACAGAAUCAUCAGCACAGCAGCAUGAAGAUCUGGGAGGACAGGACAUGCAAUCAAUGCUCGAUGUGGGAAACCUGCUGCAGCUCAACAGUGUGGAUCAAAUGAAGGAAGAGAGAGAAGGUGUUGCUGACCUCAUAGAUGAGCUCAUGUCAUCUGAUGUGUUCCCCCUCCUGCGCCUCUCGCCCAACCCAGGUGUGGAUUACAAUUUCAACCUGGAUGACAACGAGGGAGUGUGUGACCUUUUUGACGUACAGAUCCUCAAUUAUUAAGAAAAAGUCCGGUCCUCUGGUAGGGAUUCGGCACAACUGUUUUUCUUUUCCAUGGUAACAUUUCAGAGCACUGCCACCAACAAACGCCAGCGAUGGCAAUCAAAACAAUUACCCAACGUUCCACUCACUCCACAUUGUUUUGGGUUUAAGUUAAUAUUCAACCUCCUCAGUGGAAUGUCUGGUUCUGGUUUACAGUGUACUGAGCUUAAACUUAAUGCCAACAAGAUUUCUAUUUAAAGUUUAAAUAGUGUUUCACAUGAGAGUGGUGUACAGAUUCAGUCAUAUAAAUGACUCAAGCUUAGAGUGAUCUAAAGGAUUGCAUCACCUUAACUAAUCUACCUUUGUUUAGUAACUACUGAAACGUGCCUUAUGAUGCCCUUUUGUUUAUAUUUAUUAAUCUUUCAGCAGGAGUUAAUAAUAAUAUUUUGCGUGUGUACUGGUUUGGUUCAUGUUUGUUUGAAGAAUUGUGCUGCUGCCUUAUUUCAGUUCUGGAAGUUGACUUCAUUUUGAAAAGCUAUUUAAAACGUUUUCUUUGUUUAAUUAUUUGCCUGGAGAAGAGUUGUACUUAAUUUAAAUGAUCAUUUCAGGUCUUUGUAAAUGAGCGAAUGUUAAGCUGUUUUUGGUGAUCUAUAGGUCUGUAUUACUGACCAAACUCUUGUGCCUUUUGUAGCACUUUUGAAAAGUUUCUGUGUUUGUUUCUUUUCUAAUCAGUAAUAUUUGGGUUUGUUUUGCACUUUUUAUAAAAAAAAAUCAAAAGUUUUAUGUGGAAACCA